CGGGUCAUCAGGUACCGGAUUGUCUGGCUCGACAGUGGGCAUCGGGUCACCAGGUAUGACAGCGGGCACUGGGUCACCAGGCAUCAGGUCAUUUGGCUUGCCAGCCAGCGGGCACCGCGUCAUCUGGCAAGGCAGUCGGGCACCAGGUCACCAGGCAUUGGAUCGUCGGGCUCGACAGCGGGCAUCGGGUCACCAGGUAUGACAGCGGGCACUGGGUCACCAGGCAUCAGGUCAUUUGGCUCGCCAGCGGGCACCACGUCAUCUGGCAAGGCAGUGGGCACCGAGUCACCAGGUACGACAGCGGGCUCUGAGUCAAUUGGCACGACAGUGGGCACCGGAUCAGGUACCGGAUCGUCAGGAUCAACAGCGGGCAUCGAGUCAACUGACCUAAUAGGGAUCAUCAGGCUGGAUCAGCUGGGUACAGGCAUCAGGCUGAAGUGCGGGUGCCGAGGCACCAGGCUGAACCACGGAAGGCAGGUUCUCAGACGGCAGGCUCACCGGUUUGGAUACUGGCAG